AUGGAGAAUCACGGCCUAGACUUGGCCCCGGAGAAGACCGAGGCCGUGCUGCUUAUCGGCAGGCGACCAUGCGGGCCCCUCCCGGGACUCAAACUCAGGGGGCACCCAGUGGUUCCAGCUAAGGAGGUGAAGUACCUUUGGGUGACGCUGGAUCGUAGGCUCACCUUCGCCCCACACAUCCAACACGCACUGAAGAAAGCCAAGAAGGCUGUCAAGGCCCUUGGCCAGAUAAUGCCAAGGACCUGCGGAGCUGGAGAGGGUACGAGGCGCCUUCUGGCAGCGGUUGCGCCCUCAAUCGUGACCUACGCCACACCAGUCUGGGAAAAAGCUUUGAGGAGGGACCGAAAUGUGAAGAGACUCGCCAGCGUCCAAAGACAAAUGGCCCUGAGAGUGUACAGAGCGUACAGGACAGCGGGCUUGAGCGCAGUCCUCGCGCUUGCCCGCCAAGUGCCCUGGCACCUCGUGGUCACAGAGAGGAAGCUGAGAUACGAUGACCGGAGGGAACUGAACCCUGGACUAAAGAGGACGCGGAAGCAGAGGUCGGAGGAGACACUGGCGAGAUGGCAGACGGAGUGGGAGAGAGAUACCGGCGAGAGCGGGUGGACCAAACGCCUGAUCCCGGACAUCGGGGUCUGGCAAUGUCGCAGACACCUUCGGUGUAUGCGCUAG